AUGAGUGUCCCAUUGGAUGCUGUGGAUGAUGCCGUUCUGUUUGCUCAGAUCGAGAAUAUAUUCCAUUCACUUCCUCAUUUGUCUUUCAGCCAUACUGUAGCACCUCCGGGUGGUCAGGUCGACGAGCUCCGAUCUUUACUCCUGGAAGUUGCGACGACACAAUUCAAAACUGUGAUGAACCAAGUUAUAUUCGCCCUUUUAGACGAAUGGGAUAGCAACACGUGUGGACCACAUACACUCUUUGACCGGCUCCAGGCUAUACGCCGCGUAGAACGAUUUGAGGCUUCAUCCAUUGAAGGUGAUUCAAAGUCUCCGGCAGCGUUCAGCGGAGAAGUUAUGUUCGCACUCAUGGAGGUCUCAAUCUACAGAUUGAACGACUUGUUGCAAAACGGAGGGACUGCGAUGAAAUCGGACAAUCCGGCAACAGUCGUGCCUUCGCGCGGACUGGCUAUUCUCCUCUCAUUUUCUAGUAAGGAGGUAUCCCAUCUUCGAGAUGCUUUCAAGAGACGCAUUACCCGACUGAAAGACAUCGUCCUGGAGUGUCUUAGAACUCCAUCAGAAAAUGGUCUGCGGAAUGUAUUGCUAUCGGUAUUCUUUCGGCGGCAAGUCGUUGAGUCGUUGGGCACAACUGUUGUUCGUAUAUCGAGUUGGUCUUCCGUAAAAGAGGUUGCCGUUUCAUCGUUCAUCGACGGUUUCUACGCCAUUCCAUCGCUCAUUGCCGAGGCUUCACAUUAUCUAGCUCGGAUCACCCAUACAAUGACCUUGCAAGCAGCAGAAGUCCUGACGAGUCCAGUCGUUGUAUCGGAAGACGUUGCCGAAAAGGAUGCGGGCUACUUCGCUAGGAAACGAGCUCGAGAUCAGUCUCCAGCUCACGAAGACUUAAAGUCCGCGUCUACUCGCGACAAGGGGAAGGCACGGGCACCUGAACGUUCAGGAGCAACCCAAGGGUUGGCGUCCUACCUUGCUUCAAAGGACGUUAAGUCUCUUACACAAGAAAAGCUGGAUAAUCCUCCGAGUAAGACACCUGGUCACCGCCCCCCCUUCUCUUCAGAACGCAAUGCCGAGAAAGGCCCUAAAUACACCUACGCCAAGAAACGUGCUCGCACUGUGUCUGCAAACGCGCUUAAAGAUGGUCAAGGAAAAGCGCCUGGCAGCAGUCCUGCGGCUGCCCAGACAGGUAGGCCGGCCAUUCCUAUGAAGUCCAGCGGGAACAUUUCAAGCCCUGUGUUACAACGUCUUACUCCAUCAGCUACGUGCCAAUCCGCAUUGCCCAACAAGAAGUCGACUGUGACGAGUCAUAUCACCGUCAUCGAUGACGACGAAGACGGUGACAGCGGUGGCGACGAUAUCGUGGAAAUACAGCAAUCUGCAUCUGCCACGACGCAAGUCACUCUCGUCGGAGGCGUCAUAGUUCGCGAGUACGAUGCUGGUAAGGGUGAGUCCAGUGUGGCUAUUGGGGACACAGUCACCGUGCGAUACAUCGAGACCCUUCGCGGAUCAACCAUUCCUCUCAGCAAGAACACUGAUGGUGAUCCUUACAUUUUUACUGUUGGCGAGGGCGCCGUUCCACCAGGAGUUGAGGACGGCAUUAUCGGCAUGAAAGUUAAUGGCCAGCGUUUGAUCAUCGUUCCUCCCGCUUUGGGUUAUGGUACGAAAGGAACCGAAGGGGUUCCGCCCAAUUCCACUGUCGAAUACCCUGAAUACCAGCUAUUGGAGAACGCGCUCGACAGCUCCAGUACCUUCACGGAAGUCAACAGCGCCGUUGUCGAUGACGUCGCGAUGAGGGCAUCGCCGAAAUUUGAGGGCAGAUCGUUCUCGUUCCAGCACCCUCACUUUAUGCCCUCCUUUAUUCUGUACUCGGAAACUCCACCCCUACCUGGCUAUUGGUUCAGUCGGAUGGACAUCCCCAAUUCAGCAACAUUCCGUCACCGUGCUCUACACGAAGAAGAGAGAUGUGCCGGUACAGCCUCUAAAAUGGAGGUGGAUGAAGAGAAGUCGCUUAUAUCUUCUGGCGAAUUAGCCAUUGGUGCUGUGAAUAGAGAGGCGUCGUUCAUCCCUUCGGAGGAGCCUGCGUCGUCAACUAACACAGAGCCACAUGUACAAGACGAGAAAGACAAAGCAACGCCAUUAAUUGGAUUCGACGUUAUUGAUACCUUCUCAUCCGGUCGGGUCUCGACUUGGUCUAGUUUACGCCGAGGGCUGUUUUCCCCCCCACACGAGUCGACUCGCGUGUUCUUUAGAAAAACUCAUAGGAGAAAAGGCGCAGGCCCUGAUCUACGGGGCAGUGCGCGUACGCCUGGAAAGGAGUUUGAUCAACCCUCAUCCGAGCCACGCACGCAGCAGGCUACAGUUUCCUUUGAUAGUGUAACGCUUUCGCAAAAUUUUCAGCAGGGGUAUGCUGACGACGCUGCCUUCCCACCAGACUUGUUCAUAUGA